GCCUGGGGGGCUGGGACUGUCACCGAGGGGAAUUUCCCCUCUUUGAGACAGACUGGGGACCCCGCCACCCCACCCUUUCACUGUGCUUCUUAAAGGGAUCACAGCGUUUUUCCUUUGACUCCAUGGAAGCCAGACUCGGGAUGCUCUGUGGAGACUUUGAAUCUUUUCUUCCCGCUUCCUCCCCAGCUGGCAGCCUCCCUCUGGCUGACUGAGAGGGGGCCUCCCAGGCAUGGCACUGACCAGCCCACCCAGUGCUGACUUGGCUCCUGGGCUCGCUCAGCCUCUGGUGGCUUCUUGCUUUCCCCCUGCUGGGGUGCGGCGGUGGUGAGUGGGGGGCCCAUCUCUGAGCAAGCUUGGAGAGUGCCACUGGCACUCCAGUUGCCCUCCACCCCCAAGCUGGAGGGCAGUCAGGUUGUCAGGGGCUAUGAUGAGAUGAGUGGGGGCCGCUUUGACUUUGACGAUGGCGGGGCGUACUGCGGGGGCUGGGAGAACGGGAAGGCCCAUGGGCAUGGGCUGUGCACCGGCCCCAAGGGCCAGGGCGAGUACUCGGGCUCCUGGAACUUCGGCUUCGAGGUGGCGGGCGUCUACACCUGGCCCAGCGGAAACACCUUCGAGGGAUACUGGAGCCAGGGCAAACGGCACGGGCUGGGCAUAGAGACCAAGGGACGCUGGCUCUACAAGGGCGAGUGGACACACGGCUUCAAGGGACGCUACGGAACCCGGCAGAGCAGCAGCAGCGGUGCCAAAUACGAGGGCACCUGGAACAAUGGCCUGCAGGACGGCUAUGGCACGGAGACCUAUGCAGACGGAGGGACCUACCAAGGCCAGUUCACCAAUGGCAUGCGCCACGGCUACGGCGUGCGCCAGAGCGUGCCCUACGGGAUGGCCGUGGUGGUGCGCUCGCCGCUGCGCACGUCGCUGUCGUCCCUGCGCAGCGAGCACAGCAGCGACCUCAGCUCGGGCGCCAGCGACGCCGCGUCCACCGCCAGCCUGGGCGAGGGCGGCGAGGUCGCCGACGAGGCCGCGCCCUUCGAGGCCGACAUCGAUGCCACCACCACGGAGACCUACAUGGGCGAGUGGAAGAACGACAAGCGCUCGGGCUUCGGCGUCAGCGAGCGCUCCAGCGGCCUCCGCUACGAGGGCGAGUGGCUGGACAACCUGCGCCACGGCUACGGCUGCACCACGCUGCCCGACGGCCACCGCGAGGAGGGCAAGUACCGGCACAACGUGCUGGUCAAAGGCACCAAGCGCCGCGUGCUGCCGCUCAAGAGCAACAAGGUCCGCCAGAAGGUGGAGCACAGCAUGGAGGGCGCCCAGCGCGCCGCCGCCAUAGCGCGCCAGAAGGCCGAGAUCGCCGCCUCCAGGACAAGCCAUGCCAAGGCCAAAGCUGAGGCUGCGGAACAGGCCGCCCUGGCUGCCAACCAAGAGUCCAACAUCGCCCGCAGUUUGGCCAGGGAGCUGGCUCCAGACUUCUACCAGCCAGGUCCGGAGUAUCAGAAGCGCCGGCUGCUGCAGGAGAUCCUGGAGAACUCGGAGAGCCUGCUGGAGCCCCCGGGCCGGGGCGCGGGCGCCGCUGGCCUCCCCGGGCGGCCCCGCGAGAGCCCGCAGCUGCACGAGCCUGCCCCCGAGACCCCCGCCAAGCUGGAGCCCAAGCCCAUCGUCCCCAAAGCCGAGCCCAAGGCCAAGGCCCGCAAGACUGAGGCCCGGGGGCUGACCAAGGCCGGGGUCAAGAAGAGGUCUCGGAAGGAGGCGGCGCUGGCGGAGGCCGAGGCCUCUCUCCCCUGCUUCCAGGUCCCCAACACUGUUCUCAUCUGCAUGGUGAUCCUGCUUAACAUCGGCUUGGCUAUCCUCUUUGUUCACCUCCUGACCUGACCCUCGUCUGCCAGAGCCAGGCGUUCCUGCGAUGGACACGAAGAUGCAUCGUUCUGCAGUGCGGGGCAGGGUGGCCGAGGAGGACUGGACUCUGUACCCAGGGCCCUGGGUCCCAGCUCGUACCCAUGCUGCACACAUUUAAGGAGGCCUGCCAGGGCGCCCGUGCUGGGUGAUGGAGGUGCCCGGAGGGGUAGAAUGUGCUGGAAACCCUCCUAGAGCUCUGCCCAGGGGCAGGGGAAGCCCCGAUCUGCUCCUGUAGGUCACCCCCUCCUCAGGCUUUUGUGUGUUUUGGGAGAAGUCACCAAACCAGAAUAUUAAUAUUAAAUCCCGGUCCCCUUCCUGCUACCUCUCUCCCGCUUUAACUUAACCUCUGGCUGCUGGGCUGACAGAUCCCUGUGGUGGGCCAGCAGUGAGGGUGACGCCCUCAGACGAUUCAAAGGCCCUUCUUCUCACUGUCUUCACCCAGCACACACUCUGUCCCCUGCUUACAGGUGUUCCGGAUGACAGUAGAGGAAAUGGCCAUGCUCGGUUUGAAUAUCCCGGAAUGCAGUGCUCCUGUCUCCUCCCACCUGUCCAGCUAGCUUCCCUUCUGGACCAACAGAAGAGGAGGGGACGGGAGGGACUAGAGCCUUUGGCUAGGAAGCCACUGACCAGGUGGCCAGGGGGUGGGGUGGGAAGAAAAGCUAAGGGGGGUUGGGACG